CCAAAAUGGUAGUAGGAAGAACAGCUGUGUUGUGAAACGCGAAACAUAAACAUUAAACAAUAAAACGAAGUCACACACUCUUUCUUAUUUAUAACAGUCGUUGUGUUUAUAAUUUAUGUUUGAGAACCAUUACAAAAGGCCGUCAUGUCGAUCCAAGGGAACAGUGUCAACGCUGAGUAUUUAGUUGAUGGGAGUGAUGAGCUUAAACCUCUAGUUGGAUUUAGUUCAUCAAAAGAUAGCACAAGCAAAAAAGAAGGUUCAGGCUGGUUUGUUUCGGCAUUUCUUGUGGUCAAUGCAGCACUGGGAGCUGGACUUUUAAACUUUCCCAUUGCCUAUCACCAGGCUGGUGGGGUCUUCUCAGCAGUAAUCGUGCAGUCUUUUUUCCUGGUCUUCGUAGUGCUGGCGUUACUCAUCCUUGGCUACUGCUCUGAUAUAAAAGGCUGCAACACCUACCAAGACGUGGUUCUCUCCAUCUGUGGCCCUAAAGCCCAGCUGGCCUGUGCAAUCAGUGUUUUAUUGUACUGCUUUGGGACGUGUAUAACAUUUCUCAUUAUAAUAGGUGACCAAUGGGAGUUAUUUUUCUUGGAGGUAGCUCACGACUUGUACUGCAAAACAGAUCCAUUCUACAUGACAAGAGCUUUCAUUAUCUCUGUCACAUCUAUAGCCUUUAUACUGCCGUUAUGUUUUCCUAAAAGAAUCGAUUUCUUGAGAUAUGCCAGCAUUGUGGGUGUUAUAGGUAUCUUGUAUGUAGUAGGACUAGUUACCAUCAAGUAUUUUCUACCUCAUGAUAACCCAGGUACUAUUGCCACAGGGCCGCAUUCAUGGAUUGAUGUUUUUCUUGUUGUUCCUGAUAUUUGUUUUGCGUAUCAGUGUCACGUCAGUAUCAUCCCCAUUUACUCAUGUAUGGGUAAACGCAACAUCAGAGAGUUCUCUAAAACAGUAACACUUGCCAUGAUAUUGUGUAUCAUAACUUACACAGUCACCGCAGCUCUGGGAUAUCUACAGUUUGGUGACACCAUCACAAAUGACAUACUGCUGUCGUUUAACCCUACAGCUGAGGUGAUGGUGGCAGUAGUCCUUGUUGCUGUCAAAACAUACACCACAUAUCCUAUUCUAUGUUUUUGUGGAAAGGCUGCCUUUGACACUAUGUGGAGCAUGUUCUGGAAAAUGAGCCCAGAAGAAAUUUUACACAAAGAAAAGAUGAGACGUGUCAUAACCACAUUGGUGUGGUUUACCUUGACACUUCUGCUGUCUAUUUUCAUACCCAAUAUAGGCGUGGUCAUACAGAUUUUAGGGGCCUUUGCUGCAGUAUUUAUUUUUGUAUUUCCCGGUAUGUGUCUGUUAAAGACGAUGCAGAAUAGAAUAGAAUCAGGCGAAGCACAGCCGAGGAAAGUGUACGUGUUCCGGUGGAUAGCCAUAGUUUUUCUAGUUCUUGGUGUGUUCAUCUUUGGGCUGACCCUGUCGCAGGCCAUCAUGAAGGACAUUCAGGGUGCCAAGCCAGAUUCGUCCAAAUUCACAUGCAGCUAACUAAACAAAAAUUUUUUUACUGCUAGAAUAUAAAAGUGUGUAUGUUAUACAUUUAUAAGUAAGAAUGGUAGAGCAUUUUGACAGCUUACUGACAUGCACAAAACAAUAUAGUUUUUUUUUAAAGGAUAGUUACAUGCUAAAGUGAGGAUGAAAAUUGUUUUAAAAAAUAAUUUUUUUUUAAUAGUGUAGUUUGUAUUGUGAUACAUCUUAUGUCUAACAUCAAGAGAAAAUGUUUUUCCAUUCAUAAUGUAGCAAUUAAAGUAUAUCAUAAACCUGAAAAUAAAAAAAGGAAAAAAAAAUAUGAAAAAUUUGACUUUGUUUGACCAGAAUCUAGUUUUACUAGGCUACAAGCACAGGGUAAUUUGGAAAAAGUAAGAAUCUGUCAGAUAAAUGUGUUCUGUAAAAUUUUUUUUUUAUUAAUUACAUUUAUCUAAAAGAACAAUUUCAUUACUCAUUUUAGGGGUAGAAAAUUUGCUUGAACAAAAAGCCAUCCACAAUUUACCUGAUUAUACCAUCAAGCUAGUCUCAGUAUGUAUGUGGUACUAACUUUGGUCUCAUUGUAUUUGUAUGCAACAUGUAAUAUGUAAGCCUUGUAUGUUUAUAAUGUGGUUAGCUAAGUAUUAACAUAUCCUACAGUCUGGUAGAUAAGCUGUACAUUUGAUAGGCAAGUCCUGAUAAAAAAGAAACAAUGCAAUUCACCUACACUUUAAACUAGUUUGUAAAUAAAUUUUUAUACUGCUAUAAUAGCUCACUUUGGCUAGCACAAUGUUUAUUUUUAGAAACUGAAAAGGAAUUCUGUUUUAUUUUUAACAGAUAUGCCUUUUCUAUUUUUUUAAUAGAAAUUUAAUAAUUUAUGUUAAUUGUAAUUAAUGUGCUAAUGCAAACAAAGUAACACUGCUCUUUCAAUAUGUAAAUUUAUUAUAUUAUAAUUUUUUUAAACUAACUUUAUUUGAAUGUUUGAAUGUUUUUUAUGUAUACAUGAUACAAUGCUUUUUAAAAUUUUGAUAGGAUUAUACUUAAGAUCGUCUUUACUUUGGUAAGCUGUGACUACAAGUGCUCUGAUCACAGGUGUAAGACCACAGGUGGGCUCUGACCACAGGUGGGCUCUGACCACAGGUGGGCUCUGACCACAGGUGGGCUCUGACCACAGGUGGGCUCUGACCACAGGUGGGCUCUGUCCACAGGUGGGCUCUGACCACAGGUGUGCUCUUACCACAGGUGCUCUGAGUACAGGUUGGCUCUGCCCACAGGUGGGCUCUGACCACAGGUGCUCUGAGUACAGGUUGGCUCUGACAUAGGCUGGAUGUGACCUCAGGUUUUAGUUUCCCUGAAUUCACCAUCAUACUGACCUAAUAUAACAGUCAAUGACAAUGGCAGACGAAAUGGUCCAUAAGACAGAUGAAGUAAAGUUCAUCUGUAUCGUUGAUCUCAAAAUGUAAAGGGAUAGUGUGGUUAGCUCUAUACAGCUUUUAAUUUCCUUGCGUGUGAUAAUGACCUACAAUGGGUUACAAUAAAGUAACUUUCAAUGACCUCCGGUGGUACAAUUGAUGGUCAAUAGGGCUGAUGAAGUAAAGUCCAUCUGUAUCUUUGAUCUCAACAUGUGAAGGGAUAAUGUGGUUAGCAACUUGGUGUCAGUUCGGGCAUUUUCACAUUCGGGCAAGCGUCCACUUGGGCGUUUGUCGCAUUUGGUCAAGUGUCCAUUUGGGAAAACAGCAUUCGGGCAAGUGUCUUUCAGGAAUUUGUCGUAGUUUUACUUCCCCUGACUUCAAUCUUAUACUCAUACGAAAAACGUGGGUGUCCUAUAGAUUUGAUCAUGUGGAUUCAAACUUAAGACGUUUAGCAAUAUUGUGUUCUACUACUCAAUGCAAACUACCCACUUUUUUUAUACAAAUGAAACAUUACUUAUUUGUUACUUUUCAUAAAAAUAAGUUUAUUCUGAUAUACAUGUUAUUUCAUUUUUAUGUAAAUAUGUAGCAUUUACUUAGCUACAUUGCACAAUUUUAAGUAAAACAUGAAAGAAGAUAUUUUGUUGGAAUAAUUAAAUGCAGGAAUAAAAUGAC